CCAGGCUCCUCACUCAGCAGCUCGUAUUGAUCUCCGGGCCUCUUUUGUCUCCUCCUCCCCAGUGGAAGCCUCCCCCCCCAUCUCCCCCUCUGCCUCUCAGCCUCUUCCGCUUUCCUCCUCUGCUUCUCAUGAACUGAAAUCUCCGCGAGAGCCGCUGAGGCUCUGGUAGUUUCACAAAACUGUCCUUGCGCUUUCUGCAUUCACCCAGUCAAGGGUACCUUUGCUGGAGGUCAGAGCAACGCCGCUAGUCCUGAUGCGAUUGCAUAGCAACACCCAGCGGCUCUGAGAGCCGAGGGGGAGGGGGAGACAGCGAAGAGGGCAGCAAGGUGGGAGAGACGGAGGGAGAGUGUGCCUCCAGCAGCUGGCGGCAUCCCUGUCUCAGGGACUCCUUUGCUGAUUCACAGAGGCAGCCCCGCGCCGGCCUGCCGGCGGCCAGUUACAGCCUGCUCCUCAGACCUGCCGGAAUCCGAAGCUGUCCCCAGUCUUGAACCAAGGACCCCUGAGGAGGAUGGAAGGGCACUCAGUGCAAGAAAUCCACAGAUCUUUAAAUGUUUAAGUGCUUUUUCUCGCUCUGUGCUUAUGGUCAACAGUCGGUGCACUGCCCAUUCUCACCCCACAUGAGCCUUGGUUCUGAUGCAACCUAUGGUCAUGCAGGGAUGCCCUUAUACCCUCCCACGAUGUCAUGAAUGGCGGGCAGCUGACCAGUUCCAUCACAGCAGCAGCCUCCGAAGCACCUGCCCCCAGCCUCAGGUUAGAGCUGCUGCUACCGCCCCUGCGCCUCCUCAGGAUGGUGCUGGGGGUUCCUGCCUAAGCCCAAAGCUCUUCAACGGGUCUGUUGGUGCCGCUGGACCCUUAGAACCACCAGCCAUGAAUCUGUGUUGGAAUGAAAUCAAAAAGAAGUCUCACAAUCUCCGCGCUCGCCUAGAGGCCUUCUCAGACCACAGUGGAAAGCUUCAGCUCCCUCUCCAAGAGAUUAUUGACUGGCUCAGCCAAAAAGAUGAAGAAUUGUCAGCUCAGCUGCCCUUGCAAGGGGACGUGGCCCUGGUGCAACAGGAGAAGGAGACACAUGCGGCCUUUAUGGAAGAUGUCAAGUCUCGGGGCCCCUAUAUCUACUCUGUGCUGGAGUCAGCUCAGGCCUUCCUGUCCCAGCACCCAUUUGAGGAAUUAGAGGAACCUCGUUCUGAGAGCAAAGAUACCUCUCCCAGACAGCGGAUCCAGAACCUUAGCCGCUUUGUGUGGAAGCAGGCAACAGUGGCCAGUGAACUAUGGGAGAAGCUGACAGCCCGCUGUGUGGACCAGCACCGCCAUAUUGAGCGCAUUCUGGAGCAGCUGUUGGAGAUCCAAGGGGCAAUGGAGGAAUUAAGCAAUACUCUGACCCAGGCUGAGGGAGUCCGAGCCACAUGGGAGCCCAUUGGGGAUCUCUUCAUUGAUUCACUCCCUGAGCACAUCCAGGCUAUUAAGCUGUUCAAAGAAGAAUUCUCCCCCAUGAAAGAUGGAGUGAAAUUGGUGAAUGAUCUGGCCCACCAACUCGCCAUUUCUGAUGUACACUUGUCAAUGGAGAAUUCCCGAGCCCUGGAGCAGAUCAAUGUCCGGUGGAAACAGCUACAGGUGUCAGUUGGUGAGAGGCUUAAGCAGCUCCAGGAUGCCCACCGGGACUUCGGGCCUGGGUCACAGCACUUCCUGUCCUCCUCUGUGCAGGUUCCCUGGGAAAGAGCAAUUUCACCCAAUAAAGUUCCCUACUACAUCAACCACCAGGCUCAGACCACUUGCUGGGACCAUCCCAAGAUGACGGAAUUAUACCAAACCCUGGCUGAUCUGAACAACAUUAAGUUUUCAGCUUACCGCACUGCCAUGAAGCUACGCAGAGUCCAGAAGGCACUGCGUUUGGACCUGGUAACUUUAACCACAGCCCUGGAGAUCUUCAAUGAGCAUGAUCUGCAGGCCAGUGAGCAUGUGAUGGAUGUGGUAGAGGUCAUUCACUGCCUGACGGCCUUAUAUGAACGGCUGGAGGAAGAAAGAGGCAUCCUGGUCAACGUGCCACUCUGUGUGGACAUGAGCCUCAACUGGCUCCUCAAUGUUUUUGAUAGUGGUCGCAGUGGGAAGAUGCGGGCAUUGUCCUUUAAGACCGGCAUUGCAUGCCUGUGUGGCACGGAAGUGAAGGAAAAAUUGCAGUACCUCUUCAGCCAAGUAGCCAACUCAGGCAGCCAGUGUGACCAGCGCCACCUCGGCGUCCUGCUUCACGAGGCCAUUCAGGUGCCCCGUCAGCUGGGGGAAGUGGCAGCCUUUGGGGGCAGCAAUGUGGAGCCCAGUGUCCGUAGUUGCUUCCGUUUUAGCACUGGGAAGCCAGUCAUUGAAGCUUCACAGUUCCUAGAGUGGGUCAACUUGGAGCCCCAGUCCAUGGUGUGGCUAGCUGUUCUGCAUCGGGUCACCAUUGCUGAGCAAGUGAAGCAUCAGACCAAGUGCUCUAUCUGUAGGCAGUGCCCCAUCAAGGGCUUCAGGUAA